GGUAACCAAUAUAUAUAUAUAUAUGACCAGAUGAACCUAGUAUUACUUGCUGCCUGUCUAUCCAUAUUAGUCGCCGGCACACACGGCUUUCGUUGCUAUGCUUGUAAUGGUUACCAUGACUCUACUGAAUGCCAGAAAACAAUAAACUGUAGCUCAUACUGCUACAAGAAGACCGCUGACAGAGUUUUUGGUGGUCAGACAACUCGUGUKACGYUAGCGGGAUGUCGAUCAAGCUGUUCUACUUUGGAUAAAAUAACUKCUUGCACAGGAGAGACCGAUUGUGUCAUGUCUUGCUGUUCAACGAACCUCUGCAAUCGCGUAACAUCUGCUGAUAGCAAAACACCCACCUAUCCUAAAUGUUAUUCCUGCUCAUCUACCACCUCCUAUACCGACUGCAAUGCCCGAUCAAUCGAGAAGACCUGCAGCUACUACACGGCCAACGCGCCUUCUAAUUGUUACAAGGCUACCUAUAUUUCAACUAAUUACCUCACUGGAGUCAGUAAACGAUACUAUAGAAAAGACUGCACGACGAGCUUGCGAGCCUGCAGGAAUUUGCGGUCAGUGGUGUGUAGUGGUUAUAGUAGUAGUGAAUGUGAGGUUCAUUGCUGCACCGGAAGCAAAUGCAACGAAGGUACUCCAAAUAAAAUAAGCCUUUCAGCUCUGCUACUCUUUUUAUUCGCCCUUUGCAAGGUUUUUGUUUGGUCCAUGUAGAGAAACUAAUGCCCGCGGUCCUUUGCUCGUGUUAUCAAAUAUGUUAGCUAGCUGUUCACAAAGUCUAGAUUACUUGGAGGUACCYAGAGGAUUAUCAAGGAUAACACUGAGCUUUUUCUUAUUGAAAUGGUCAACUCAGUGAGCAGCAAACUAGAAAAUUAUCGAAAAGCAAACUUAGUUAACUGUCUCUGUUAUAUGUCAAUG